GAGAUGGAUGUGGAUCACGGAUUCUAUCGGCAGGUGGACGUCCAGGCCCACGCUCACUACAUCGUCGCCUUCUUUGUCUUGGUGAUCGGAACAGUGGGUGUUACUGGAAACGCUUUAGUCAUGUAUGCCUUUUUCUGCAACAAGAAGCUACGGACUGCCCCCAACUUUUUCAUCAUGAACCUGGCAGUCAGUGACUUCCUCAUGGCAAUCACACAGUCACCCAUUUUCUUUGUUAACUCUCUUUACAAGGGGUGGAUUUUUGGUGAAACAGGCUGUAAAAUAUAUGCCUUCUGUGGAGCUUUAUUUGGAAUCACCUCCAUGAUAAACCUUCUGGCCAUCUCUCUGGACCGCUACAUUGUCAUCACCAAGCCUCUGCAGGCCAUAUCGUGGACCUCCAAGAAACGCACAUGCUUCAUCAUUGCCCUGGUCUGGCUGUACUCUCUAGCCUGGAGCCUUGCACCCCUUUUGGGGUGGAGUUCGUACAUACCAGAGGGCUUGAUGACCUCAUGCACAUGGGACUAUGUGACUUCUACUCCUGCCAAUAAAAGUUACACUUUGAUGCUAUGCUGCUUUGUAUUCUUCAUCCCUCUGGGCAUUAUAUCCUAUUGUUAUCUGUGCAUGUUCCUGGCAAUCCGCCAUGCAAGCAGAGAUAUUGAGAAGUUGGGGUAUCAGGUGAGGAAGUCAACCCUGAUCCAGCAGCAGUCCAUCAAGACUGAAUGGAAGCUGGCCAAGAUUGCCUUUGUGGUCAUCAUAGUGUUUGUGCUUUCUUGGUCGCCCUAUGCAUGUGUCACCCUCAUCGCCUGGGCUGGAUAUGGAAGCUACCUCAGUCCCUAUUCCAAAGCUGUCCCCGCUGUUAUAGCCAAGGCAUCGGCCAUCUACAAUCCUUUUAUCUACGCCAUCAUUCAUUCUAAAUACAGAGAUACCAUGGCAGAAAAGGUUCCCUGUCUCCACUUUCUAGCCCAGGCCCCGAGGAGGAAGUGCAUUUCAGUGUCACACAGCGAGUCCUCCCUCAGGGACUUGAUGCUGAGCAGACAGUCAUCAGACUCCAGAGCCAAGUUUCACAGAGUUUCCUCCAUGUCUACGACAGACACUCAGGUUUGGAGUGAUGUGGAGCUGGACCCUAUGGAUCAGAGCCAUGGUGUUAGGUCCAGCUAUUCCCUUGGAGCUCUGAAGGACAGGGAUCAAAAGUCUUUGGCUAAGAAGACCAAUGAAAAGGGAAGCCAAAGCCAGGAACAGAUGCACAUCCCCGAGCGAGGCUCACUGAACAGAAGUGACCACACCCUAUCGCCUGAGUGCGUCAACACAGUAAUGCCCCCGGCUCUGGGGACGAGAAGGGAGGACAACCCUAAAUGUUGGAAUAAAGAGACGAAACAGGAAGUCGAGAAAGAGGGUGAACACGAACAAAGAGAGACACAGGAAGCUGAGAAGGAGCAGCAGGUCCUCAUCCAGCCAGAUUCUCUGGACAAUGUCGUAUGUGUGCACUCUGAAGCGAUCAUCAGACCAGACUCAAGGAACGGCUCUCUGGACCAUAGCUACUGUGAGGAAAAACAAAGCACACAGAGCAGAGGGAGAGAACUGUUGCUGAGUUUAAAGCCUCUGGACUGUUCUGCUCAAGAGCUCGAGUCAGUGCAAAGAUUUCUGAGCUAA